UUGAUAUGUACUGAUGCAAUAUGAUAAGAGAUGUGAUGGCAGGGUGCAAAGAAAAUCAUUUUUAUAGCUUGCCAUUCGGGCAAGCUGAAGCUAGCAUUUACUAGCCCAGACAUCAUUUUAACUAGCCCUAAAAGCUUUUUGACGAGCAGAAUUGAUUUCACAGUUCUUCCUUUAUCCGAAUUGCUCAAAAAACAUCACUUGCUUAUCGGGCAAGUUAAAAAGAGAAUUCACCAGCCUGAUAACAAAAUCCACUUGCCCCGAGCUAUCGGACACUACUUUCUUUGCACUCUGGAUGGUGAAUUUUGAGCCUGGUGAAUACAUGAGAAAUAUGAUUUUUCAGUCAGUGACACAGGCGGCUUGGAAGAAAAACAUCCGAUUACUCCCAGUAGGCGGUCAAACUUAUAACCUUCUGGUUACUAGUCCAGAUGCUCUACCACUGAGCCACAGGAGAAGUUUUGGAGCUAAGUUCAUGUGCAAACAUCCUGUAUGUAAUACUGCUAGAUUGUCUAGAACUAGUCCUAGCAGAAUACAGUCGAAGCUCUCCAUGCGACCACUCUCGUGGUCUAGUUACGACCACCUUUGUGAAACCCCGUUUGGACAGUGACUUAAACAAUUUAGUGAAAAAGCUCUUGUAAGCGACCACUCCAGUAAGCGGCCGUGAACGCUUUUGGGAUUACCCAAAUGGACGGGGUGGUCGCUUACGAGAGCUUCGACUGUAUCUAGAACGUUCUUAUCCUAGCAGUAUGCUGGAUGUUUGUCACGCGAACCUAGUUUACUGGCCGUAAUCAUUUGUAGCUCAGUGGUAGAGCAUCUGGACUGGUAGCCAGAAAGUCAUAGGUUUUCUUUUGUUUUCCCAGCCAAAAGCAUCAAUCCAUUCAACUAAACAGCCAUGACAGAGCCCCUUUAAGUUUUUGUUUUGUUCGCCUGCAGGUGCACUUACCAAAGGUGACAGACGAGCAGCGACUGGAGCCGACUUAACACAGUUUAAUUUUGACACGCCUUACGGCCGAUCUGCACUCAGGAACAUGUACCAAGCCAUUACUUUGGUAUGUCAGAUAGCCUGUUUCGGGAUAAAAUAUAAUAGCGUAGUAACUAGCUAAAUUGUUUUUUAUUCUCGAUUUUUGACCAACUAGUUGGAUUUUACUAAAACAAUUAUUCCUCUCGCCCUCGUGGCCUCUUAGUCAAUAGCCCAUUCGGCCUUCGGCCUCAUGGGCUAUUGACUCAGAGCCCAUUCGGGCUCGAGGAAUAAUUGCUAAAAAUCCCACGUUAAAGCACCCCCCGGUUUUAAACCCUCUCCCGGAUCUAAGUCCAUCUCUUUGCUAACGAAGAUAUUACAUAUUCCGGAUACAAGUCCCCCGGAUAUAAUCCCCCCCGCCCCUAUUUAUAAGCCUACCCAAAACCCCUCAAGACGUUGUUUAAGCCCAGGGUUUUAACGUGAGAUUUUACGGUAUCGGUAUGUCAGAAGUGGUCACGAAUUAGAACCAUGUGUGCUUGUUGCUUGUGUCAUCUACGACCGAGCGUUUUUUAUUUGAACUUGGGACUUAUUUUGCCUUUUUUUUUUCAGCAAUCCAUUUGUCCCGGAGUUGCUUUGUCUAAGGUUCUGGUAGCAGCACAAAUUCCCGACAAGCAUGAAUUCACAGAGUUUAACUCCAUCGCAAGGGUGAGUUUUACUUCGUUGGUCGCGAACGUGGUUAAAAUUCUUGUUUAAUUUCUCUCCUUAAAAGUGGAUUUGGAAACAAAAUUUAUGAUGUCAGAGACAAUUUUAUAUGGCAGUUAGGCAGCGAUAUUGCUUCAUAAAAAUUUUGGGUAACACGUGGGAAUUGAUAAAGGAAAAACGUCAUUUUGUAAUAACAUAUAAUGCGAUCAGUAAAAAAUGACUUGAUACGAAAAAUUAGAGAGACCUUGAAUAGUGGCAACUCAAUACCCCAACAGCUAUUUUGUAACCACCAAAAAUUUCUGCAGCUUUAGGAAACCUUUGUGGAAACAGGAGAUACAUUAGUAGCCUGUUUAUAAUAAUAAUAAGCAUUUGGAAAAAUGUAAGCUCCUUGUUUGUCUUGUCCCAUCGCGUUUCUUGCUCCUCAGCAUGGCGUAUUUGUACCACGUGACUAAAGCACUACAAAGCGCCCAUUUCGUUCGGUAGUCUAGCCCGCGCCAUAGACGAAACUAAACUCUGGUUAAGUCUGUCUACGAAAAAGCGCCGAAAUCCUUGUUCUGGGCCCCACUUGUGUACCAGGAUUUGAGUAUGCGCCAUGAUUGGCCUUUUAAAAAUGCCAUUGUCCAUUUGCCAAUCAGGUUGAAAAGAAACUGGAAACGCACUUCUGGCAAAACGCUUAUUCCGUUGUGGGCCCAGAACAAGGAUCUCGGCGCUGUUUCGCAGACAUUACCUGGAAUUGCCUCUCAAAAUAUGAAAAAAUCAAAUCGGCAAGUUUAAAUUUACGCAACUCAGCAUAAAAGCGACUCUAGCAUAGGAGGAUUUGAAGAUUUUAGUCCAGCAUAGGGUAGAAAACUUCAGCUGCACUAGCUUUAGUAUAUAGGCUAAGGGUUACAGGGUCCCAGCGGCACAUCCCCGCCCAAAAAAUCCUGAAAAAGUACCACCCCACGAGGGGGGUUAGAUUACAUAUGCGACUUAGGCUAUUGGUAGUCCAGUUUCACAUUAGUGGUUACUUAUGAAGAAAGUCUUUCUCAAAGGUGGUCCAUUACAUUUACCGAGGUGUCCAAAUGACUGAAUUACUCUCAAGUUUAACAAAGCCCUGUUUUCUUUGGUUUCACAGCAAUGUCUUCUGUCCAUGGGAGUAACAGACGCCAGUUUCGUGGUGAAAGACAAAGACGCCAGCGAUGUGGGAAAAUUUUUCAACCGUAUUUUGGGUCUUAGUGUGGAAAGACAAAAUUUGGUAAGUACAAAGAUCCUUCCUGUUUGGUGGCAAUGAAACGUACGUUUGAGGGGAAGUUCUGGGACUACCCUUGUUUCCUAACUUUUUCUGCUAUUUGAACCGCUGUCGUGAAUUUUAUCUGUCGAUUUCUCAGUCUUCUUUUAUCAGUCGAUUUCCCACUCUUCCUUUAUCGAUCGAUUUCUAUAUCAGUCUUCUUUUAUCGUUCGAUUUCCCACUCUUCUUUUAUCGAUCGAUUUCUCAGUCUUCUUUUAUCGUUCGAUUUCCCACUCUUCUUUUAUCGAUCGAUUUCUCAGUCUUCUUUUAUCGAUCGAUUUCUCAGUCUUCUUGUAUCGAUCGAUUUCUCAGUCUUCUUUUAUCGAUCGAUUUCUCAGUCUUCUUUUAUUGAUCGAUUUCUCAGUCUUCUUGUAUCGAUCGAUUUCUCAGUCUUCUUGUAUCGAUCGAUUUCCCACUCUUCUUUUAUCGAUCGAUUUCUCAGUCUUCUUGUAUCGAUCGAUUUCUCAGUCUUCUUGUAUCGAUCGAUUUCUCAGUCUUCUUGUAUCGAUCGAUUUCCCACUCUUCUUGUAUCGUUCGAUUUCUCAGUCUUCUUGUAUCUUUGUCAGAACUAGCUGGCCAAACUGGUCAUAAUGAAAAUGAAAUGUUUACCAAAAACCCAUCACUGCCGCGCAUACAUUUUAGAGAUAAACAGAUCUGUCCGGAUAGUCCUAAUUAAAAGUGGAAUUCUCCUGGCGGUUGUACUGGUCUGGCCAGCCAGUUCUGACAAAUUGUAAGUGCCCUAAGACUUUCUGUUAUCGAGUUUCCUUUUUUGUUUCUGUUUUCUAUUUUCGUGGUGUUACUCAAUCAGUCGCGUUUUUAGCGCUCAUGGAAUUCGAAUUUUGAAUGAGUCUGAUAUCCAGAUUUUACCGCUCCUUCAGGGUAUAGGGAAGAGGAGAUGGCUGACACCACAAACUCGGCUUCGGUAUCUCAAAUAUAUAACUUUCUCCUCUACGCCGGUAGCUCGCUAGUAUAGAACAGACGCUUGUGCCUUCCCAAGCUCACUAACCCAGUUUACACCCACUUUUCUGCUGCGCUACCUCUCACGUGACCACACCCUUUGUGCAAAGCACUUUGCGAUUUUUGCUCAUAAGAAAUGUUUCAUUGUCCCCUGUUUUAUUUGCAGUUUUUCUCGUACUUUUGUGAGUGCCUAAAUGCUGCAAUUGAAACUGCAAAGCGCGAAGGAAGGUAAGUAUUGUUUUUGUUACUGACCAGUUAAUUUCUAAGAAACUAAGUUCUUCACCCCGAAGCGUCGAUCUCUCAUAUUAAGCUUAGGGUCAAUAACGCUUGGUUCUUGCACGAUAAUAUUUGUGUCGCAUGCAUCCUCGAAAAAACAUUGGUCUCGCAUUCAUACCCUGGACACAAAUGAAUAAUAUUGCGUGAUAAUUCUUAGGUAUAGUGAAGGCGUGACUGACGUAUCUGGAUCUUCAAUCACGAUGGUCGGCGCUGCCCGGCCUGUUUUUAGCGACUUUCAAAGAGGCCUCAUGGAAACAAAGUAAGUAGUCUUAAUGAAGAUAUGACCCUUCCCAGUCGUGAACGCAAUUUAAGCAAUUGCAAAUUCAGCCCGAAGUUACCAUUAAGUCAAUUCUUAAGGUCAUUCUUCUGUAGUAGAACCUGCAGUGAGAUUUUUGUCAAACUUUGCCGAUUGGAUGUUAUUUGAAAUAAAAUCGCGGGGUCCCCAAUCCCCAUACUCGUUUUGGAGCGGGAGCAACUUGUAAGUGCGCAGUGAUUCCUUGAGAUACCAAGGGAGCUUCCGCAUCAACGACGGCGAUGGCAGCGAAAACGUCACUUUUAAAAUGAAUUAUAACAUAACAAAAGUAAAUCCCGCGCUCUGAUUGGUCAGUUAGCCACUACCAUUUGCCCGUGGGUGCACGCCAAGAAACUGAGCUAGUGCGGUAAAAUUUAGGCAAAUUCAACAAAUCUCCUCUUCUGACCGUAAAAUACACCGAUAAAAUGCACAGAUGAAAGGUGGAAGUUGAAGAAAACACUAAGCUGUCGUUUUGAAGGAAAAAAGACAAAAGAUCAAGCGACAAAUUUGCUCUGGAUGAUUUAGUCACUGUUUUCCUCGCGGCUAGAAUCGGCUGUUCAAAGGAAAAUGGAGCCAGCGAAGAUUGAAGGUACAUUUUGUAUGUUUUUUAUAGAAGAGAAAGUCUGUUUGAAAUGUAAAUUCAUCAAUUAGCAUUGUUUUAUUGACUUUUUGGUCAAGCUGAUGCUAAAUCUAAGCAAAUAUUUCAGGAAACACGCUCAAAUUCGAGACAGCUUUGUUGUGAAGUUUUCAUCGCAUCGAUUAAAAAUAUUAGUUGAGUUUAAACGAGCACAUUACGCUGGAAUAAGCGAAUUUCAUUUGAGUACAGAAACAUUUGGGUUUUCAAAUAAAUUUUUCAAAAAAUGACUUGUGUGUGUAUUAUUUUGUUCCUCAGUGUUCAUUCAUAACAGUCGUUCAGAGAUCGGUCGAAAAACAACAGCUUCAGCGCCGGCUGUGUGUCAGCGAAUUUCAGUUUUAACUUUGACUUUCGUAGCUGGAUUUCCCCAGGCAGAUUUCGAUACAAAGCUAGUUAAUUUCUUUUUAAAAUUAGUGUUACCUGUUAUUCUAAAGGAAUUACCCUCAAAUUUUCUCAUUUCUACUUUACGUAUAUUUCAAAAAUUGUCACAUAAAAUAAGCUUGAUAAUUAUUUCAUUUAUUUAGUUUUAGCUUCUUUUUUAGAGUCUUUUUAGUUGGUGUUUAUAGUUGCAGCUAUAGUUUUCCCUCAAAGUUUUCACCCUAAUAUUAAGAGCAAGUAGACAGAUGCAUUCAGAAUAACAACGAAAAACGUUUUGCAAUUUACCUGAAGACAGAGAACGGUUGAUUCAGCGAAAGAAAAACUCAAAGGCAAGUUUUUGAAAAACAUAGAACAUGAUUUGUUUACGCGCGGGCAGGUGGCAGCAUCCUUGAACUCGUACCGAUGCAAUUGGAAAAUAAUGUUUUUCUCUUUUGAUUAUGUUAUGAAAGAAAUGGUAAACGUUGCAGCUGUGCAACCAUGGAGUUAUGGAUGCACUUGGGAGGUUUGCUAAGCACUCAAGAAGCUAGAGUCGCACUCGGCUAUCGCCUCGUGCGACUCUUACGCUUCUUUCGUGCUUAGGAACCUCCCGCGUGCAUCCAUAACUCCAUGGUUGCACGCUGCACGUUUACCAUUUCUUAAUUUGAGUGGUUUUUUUUUGGCGUGCUUAUUCCAGUUCAAUGACAAUGUCAAACUGUAGCGGCUGCGGGUGAAUUUCUUGGGGACCGCACUCAAGUUUAGAUAGAGAAGGAAAAAAAUUCUUCCUCGCUUGUUUACGUCCUCCAUAAACGUGAAAUUAGGCAUUUUCACAUCGUGUCAAGGCAAAAGCCGCCUUGUUUUAAGUGCGUGCGUCCUGUUAUGAUCUGUUGGCGCGGGCUUAUCAAGCGUGAAGUAAUGCGCAAUGCAUACGAAGGAAUAACCUGAAAUCCCUUCUCAGUUGUUUUCAUUUCUUUUUUCAGACACAUGACUGUAAACUUUGAUCGCGGAAUAGGCUGGGAUUCGGCAGUGAAGCAGUUACAAGACAAUGGAAAAAACAAGUUUGUCGGGUUUUAUUGUUCCAAAAGGGAACAGAAAGGGAGACGGCUUUACCUUCUAGCGAUACAAAAGGAGUCUUCCACCCAUCUUUUUAACAUUACAAGGUAAAUGUAAGGGCGAAAAACUGCUUUUCACCGAUGUGAACGCCCUAAAAGUUCAAAUUUUAGGUUGGUUGGUGGGUUUAAAUACCGUAAAUCCUCUAUACAACCCUGCCCUCUCUCUUAAAUAAGCACCUUCCCCUCUAACGUUUCAUCUGGACUAAUCCGGUAUGCUUCAUUAACCAGAUUCAGAGACUUGAAGUUGUGAUUUCUUCCUGUAAACGAUAAAGUACAUGCGAUUAAGCCUCCCAGGAUCUAAGCUCCCGGCGCGUCCAAACGAAUUAAAAUGAAUUCGAUUUAUUAUGACAUUUUGAAGCUUGCUUAAAAACCAGUAAAUGCUAAAGGUUUCUUGUUCAGCACUGCUAUAGAAUGUUUCGAAGCGCCUUUUCUAUUUCGGUUAUUAGCCCCUUCGUUUAUUAGCUCUCUUAAAACCCCUUAAGAAAAUGUAGAAACCCAGGGCUUAUAAGCGACAUAUUACGGUGUGGAAUUUCUACCCAAAGAUAAUUUCCGCUUUUACUUCGUUUUGUUUUUGUGUAGACCAAACACAGGACGGUCUCCUUUUGAAGAAGAAAAAACCGAUCUUCUGCACAAGUACAAUAGGAUUUCACUGGAAGAUGCAGGUAAGGGAGGCGGGCCUAGUCAGGCUAUCUUUUGUAUCUACCACCGGGAAGCCGUGUGAAAUCAGAAGUGCUGUCCGCGUGUUUUACUGUGAUUUGUUUGAAAUCUAGUACACUGCACGGGUGCCAGCCCGUCCUAAUUUGUAAAAGGUAGGCGAAUAUUCCUGGAGCUAAAUUCUCAAAAAGUGUAGUUAUCUUCAAAAAGAUAAAUAAAAAUUCGUCGUCGUCUCGUCCUCCAUAAAACGUCGCUUUACGGGGUUUCACGUCGUAGUCGUGCAGUGGACGUUAAAGAAAUGUACUAAAAAGUGUGGUGUACGUGCAGAGCCGUAUUGUUUUGUUCAUAAAAUGAAUUUUUUGACGUACUCGCUGCCGUCGUCGUUGUGGUUGCAGAGCUUUUAAAAUAAAAGCCAUUAAAUAAAAACAUUUCUUUUGUCGUAACUUCAUGUUUUGCUAAUCGUUUAACAGGUUACACGAAAAGUAAAACUCGUAAAAUGUCAACUACUUUGAUUGGUCAGGAACUAAAUACUGCGGUAUACUUUUGAUUCAUUAGAAGCUGGAUGGAAAGCACAGUACGAAAGGACCAGAGAUCACUUUAUUCACGGAUUAGGCUGCAAGACUGGACCUUCUUGUAAAAGUAAGUGAAAACUUUAUUACAGUGGUGUAUUCCUUAGAAGUCUCCUUAAGAGACCACGAGGAAGUGACUCGACAAAAUGAUUUAAUCCUUCUUUAAGAGAAUAACUGCGACAAUUUGUUAAUGAAUGAACGAAUAAACUUUACGAACGUGUCAAUACAAUAUCUGGUAGAGAGGAAUCCCUCAUCUAAUAGGGGACACCUAAAGCGCGAUACAAUGGUGACAUUUAGUUGCAAUAAAACGAAUUUUUUAAGUUUACAGUGAGCACGAUACAAUGAAAAGUUGUCAACUUGUUGGUGGCUAGCUUUAAAAAAAUACGUAACGUUGAUGGCUAAUGCAGUCCAUGAUUAAGAUAUGGUCAUGCUAUCUUUCUUUAUCCCAUCCCAUCCUAUCCUAUCCCAUCGCAUUCCAUUUCAGUCCUAUCCUGACCUGUUCAUUAGAAAGAAAAGACAGCAUAAAUUGCAUCCCAAUAUCAAUACCUUGUAUGGUUACUUGGUAUUGGCCAUUUUGAGGUUGCGCGUCAGGUUCAGGUUGUUGGUAUGUCAAGAGCACUUUGAUCCCUUUUGGGACGCUAUGGCUUCACUCAUUGGCUGUUACGAGGUUGCGCAAGAAACUGGGUUAAAAUUUCUCUCGCAAAACAGUCCCAUAGUGCAAUUGGACUGGCCACUCUGUGGUCAAGAGUGAUAUUUCACAUAUAUUUACAUGAAGUCAAACGGCAACCAUAAAAUGGCUAAUCAUUGGAUCGAUCACCGUUUCUGGAAAAACUCCCAACCUCCGAACCCCUAACCCAUGUUUCUUUCUUAAAGCCACCCGUUAGGGAAAAACGAGAGUUAAGGUGGGUUGGGAAGGACCAAGAAACUGUAAAUAAUUCGACGAGAUCCCGUUUUUGUUUGUUUGUCAGCCGGCUGUCGCAUUACUCAGAUCCAUUUAUUGUGUGGUGGAAUUAUUCCUCUGUUGUCUGCGUUGGAGAUGGCCAUGGCUAAAAAUGCUGAUAAAAUUGGUCUCAGGUAAGUAACUCUUAACCCCUUCGCUUCCAAAAGAACUGAUUAUCAAAAGCAUGAAUCGCUAUAAAAGCCGAAGCACUGCUAAAAAGGUUAUAUGUGAAUGGUCGCACAAUGUAUUCACAGUAUGUUUUAGCGGUUGAUAUUUUGUCCGUCUGGCGACUUCGAUUCCCGAGGCGUGAGUUUUGGUCGUGUCGUUGUGUUUGGUUCUUGUCGCCGAGCAGUUUUUCUUUUUCCUUUUUGUUGCAGCAAGGAAAGCCGAUCUCUGAGAGUAGUCCGCGUUGAGCUAGAUAACGGUCAGCGGCUGGUAGGUCUGCGUUACCCAGAGCAACUCAUACCGGAAGCUACAUUGUUUCUGAAGGAGCAAAAGUUGCUCGACGCCGUUAUCGUAAGUAAAUAUUGAUUUGUAUAAAGAAAAGUGUAAAAAAUUCUCAUCACACAUUUUUGGCCAAGCACUCGUGUUAAAGAACAGUUCCCGACCGGUCCUUAAUUUUAGCAGCGUUGAACGAUUGAUAACCACACUCCUCUUACCCAAGAGUGACCAACAUUAAUUUUCUCCUGACAAUAAUAUUUAACGAUUAUUCCUCUCGCCUUCAUGGCCUCUGAGUCAAUAGCCCAUGAGGCCGAAGGCCAAAUGGGCUAUCGACUUAGAGGCCAUGAGGGCGAGAGGAAUAAUUUUUUUAGUAAAAUCCAACUAGCUGGUCAAAAAUAUCGAGACAAAACAGGUUUAGCUGGUUAAAGCUAGACUUUAAUCCUUUUUCUGCCGCCAAAAAGCCCGCGCUUUCUCGCUACUAGUGGGCUAUAACAUAUAGCCUAGUAGUAGCUCAACCAAUCAGAACGCAGCAUUGAUAAUAGACCACUAGUUGGAUUUUACUAAAUAGAUUUAGCCAGGGCUGAAAGCGAAGCUCUGGUUAAUAAUACUUAUAAACAAGAAAAGUUAAAACGUGUAAUACUAAACGGGGACGGCAAUGAAAAUGGCAUCAAGUUUAAUAGAUCUAACUAGCAAAAAAACAAAUUGCACGUGCAGCACACUUUUUUUUUAAUUAGCCAAAAAAAAAACAUUUGCACGUGCAGCACGCUUUUUGUCCUUCUUUGCCGUUGUUUUGCGCAACUACAACGCUGUAUUGUUGGACUAAAUCGUCAAACUUCCUAGCUACACAUUAUUUUUAUGGGGAAUUUUCGUAUCUGCUUACCCAAUAUUUUGUCUCCUGUUUUCAUGUUCGCUUUUAUUUUUCACUGCCCCUCAUUUUCACCUUGCUGGGCGUUCCUUGCUGGCCGCUAGCAUUUCUCAUUGUCCCACCGCCGCUUUGAAUUUUUAUGUUUUUCUUCCUACAAAAUUCGGCUGUAGCUCUUUCUCUGUUAUCCACGUGAAUGUAAACAUCAAAAAUAACAUCGAAAAAUACAUGACUUUGUACUUCUCACUUAGGGCAAAAUGUUGGCUUAGGGGAGGGGUAGGUGGGCAGUUUCCCAGAAGCGUGUAAUGAUCCAUAAUAUCAAUACGUAACCAAGAGAGAAGGUUAUAAGAAUUAAUAAAAUGUAACCAAAAGUUGAUCUUUUACCAAAUUCUCUGUUCUAAUUUUGUUAAAACAUACGUGAAGAAAAAGUCCGGAGAUUUUAUUUGUCUGUGUAUACUGGGUUUUCAUAGUACACAACAGAGAAUAAGUUUUAUUUUAACAUCGCAGCAUGAUCUUGUUACUUAUCUGAUAUUUAUUUCAAAUUAUUAAUAACCUGCGAGUUCAGCCUUCUCUCAUUGCCCCCGUUUCUGGGGACGUUAGCGAGAGUAUGGUUAAAAUUUUUAUCGUGCUUUGCUACUGCUUCUAGGCUUCAACUUUGAACCUUGUUAGAUAUUGUUUUGACUUAAACGAUUAUCCUUUUUUUGUUGUUGUUUUUUUCCUUUAUUUUCUAGGACAAACAAAAUGGUGUUUUGAGUUCAACAGAACCUUCUCUUAGACAGCCAUCAAAAGCCAGCCGAGCGUUUGAGGAAGCGGAAACGCCCAUCAACCAAAAGACGUUAACUAAGGCUACUACUCCUCCUGUAACUAUAAAGAAUUUCUUUAAACCGAAGACUGUUGAACGAUCACCUGAGAGUAAUAAAAGUGCAUCAGAACAUCAGGAUGUUAAGGAAAAGAGCGGGGAAAAUGACUGCAAUGAGAUCGAAAAUCAAGAAAUCGAGAGCAACGCCAAAAACAGCACGGAUGACAAACAAGCAACGACCAAAGUAAGUAAGAAGGAACUCAAAUCAAUAUACUUUAAAUCGAAGGGAAGAGAAAAGGAAGAGCUCCCGGAAAAUAAAGGACCUUUCAAAGGUGCUGCUAAGUGUAAUGGUCUUGUGCGCCACCUUUCGGAACCCCUAUCGAAAGAGAACCUUCAAGGAAAGAACUCUUUGAAACGAACUAGUUCUGAAGCGCCGUCAAGGGCGAUUAAGCGACAGAAGCAAUCGAGCAUUUUGUCUUCGUUUGGGAAAAGGACUGACAAAGAUUCUAAGGACCAAAUGGAGAAGGAAAUUCUCUGCCCUGUUUGUGGGGAGAAAUUUGCGAGCGGAUUGAAAAAUUCUGAUAUCAACAAACACAUCGACAAUUGUCUCAGUAAAUGA